GAGCUGUGACGUCAGAAACGCCAUUCCCCAGAUUUUUGUGGGACAAAGAGGCGAUUCCAGGCGAGGAAGUUUUUUUUUUUUUUUAUUUCCUUCGUGAUAACAAACUGCUAAAGUUGCAUCCUUCGCCGUUUGACACUUUUGCGAGUAACCCCGAGCGCCGUGAGCAACUUUCCAACAGAUUUAACGAGCAGAUCAGGAGAUGGCCACAAAACGCGCUGUCCGGCCAGAUGAAGGCCUGCUGAUGAUGCAGGAGCUGGAUGACCGACUGAAAGAGCAAAUCGACAAGCUGGAGCAUAUUCGUCUGGCUUCUGUUGAACUGAAGGACAACCUUUCCGGGAGCAACGGAGAUCUAACCCAGUCGAUCGCUGACCAUAUGGAGUGGUUGAAUCACUUGUCUGAGCGAGUGGAGACUCUUCACAUAAACACAACUGUUUUCAUUCAGAUGAAUCCCAAACCUCGCACAUGGGCGGCCAGACAGGGUUCCAGACAUGGAUUCCGACGUCCUCACCAAGCAGAUGAUGCCCUGUCUGAGUUCGGCUGGUCCCCCAUUCGUACACGACGCAACAGUGACGCUGCCUCUGAAAUGUCCUGCAAUUGGUGACCAUGAAGCAUGGUCAAUGUUGAUGCAAAGUGAUGCCCACAAGGGAAAAAAGUCAGAUUUUCUAAUCUUGUCAGUAUGUUACUCCUAAUUAUGUGUAAAAUCAUAUUAACUUUAUUAAAACCGUUUUUUUUAUUUGCCACGCCUGGGCGUCUUUUGUUCUCUGUUAAGAUAAAGCAACCUUGUUGUUUUGUAAUAACCAGCUAAGAACAAUUGUGUUUUUUUUCUCUCUCUGAUGUAAUCUGCGUAGAAAACGUGAAACGUCAUUAAGAAGUGUCACGUGAUCUGUGUUGAACGCGCCCAACCGCCAGAGGGCGCUGCUUAAUAUGUCAUUUCACUGCUGAGCACACGGUUAUAAAUAAAGCUUUAGCAGAGCGCGUGGGUGAUAUUUCUGGAAGAAGCUGACUCGUUAAAGCAGCACUACCUUCUCUGAAACGUUUAACCCCCAAUAGACAGAGUCCGAAACAUAUUGUGUAGAUAUUAAACAUUACGGGUAUUGAGUAAACCUUGGGAAAUAUGGCAGAAAGCGACUGGGAUACAGUUACUGUCCUGAGGAAGAAGGGGCCCACCGCUGCCCAGGCCAAAUCCAAGCAGGCUAUCACUGCUGCUCAGAGGCGUGGGGAGGACCUCGAGACAACAAAAAAAUGGUCUGCGGGGCAAAACAAGCAGCACCUCGUAACAAAAAAUACAGCCAAGCUGGAUAGGGAGACAGAGGAGCUUCACCACGAUAGGGUUCCGCUGGAGGUUGGAAAGGUCAUUCAGCAGGGCCGACAGGCCAAAGGACUGACCCAGAAAGACCUAGCCACGAAAGUAAAUGAGAAGCCUCAGGUGAUUGCUGACUAUGAGUGUGGAAGGGCAAUACCCAACAAUCAGGUGAUGGGCAAAAUUGAGAGGGCAAUCGGCAUGAAGCUGCGUGGGAGGGAAAUUGGCCAACCCCUCGAGGCCAUACCCAAGAAGAAAUGAACACAAAGCCUCGAAAUCAGCCCUCCCUUCCCCAUCUUUAACCAUAACCCCGACCCUCCUCCAAGAGCCCUCAAAUACUCCCCCUUCUCUCCCUCCCCUACCCCUGUCCCUUACCCGGGCUGAUCUCACCGGUGUCCUGCUGAGGACCUGGUGCUCCUACUGCAUCGCAGGCUGCAUACUUAAGUCAUCUGAAACACCCUCUUGACACCAUAAAUGAAUGAUCGAAUGCUUUUUUCAGCAUCUCAAACUUGAAGUUCAGUGAAUUUCUUUUUCACCUAUGUCUGUUUAGGCUUUGGCAUGACGAAAUUCCACUUUUUAACAGUGAUGGCAAAUCAUUGAAAAGGUGAAUUCUUUCUCAUGAACAAGUUGGACGAACUAACUUAAAAAUCUGAGCAUGAAAUUAAACCAGAAGUGCUUGAUUGCAUCUUUUUUCACACUUUUUAGACGUUAGGUGGAUGUUAAAGUGAUGAAAUGUUUUAAUGCUGUGCUUUGUUUUGAUCUAAAAAUAAAGUUUGGCAGUACGUGCUGUGUGUGCCUGUGAAUUUAAAGCUUCAACAGCGAUUUUUGUUUAUAUUUUUUGUUCCAUUUAUUAAAUAACUUUCAAUGAA